UCCAGAAUUAUCUCCCUUCACCCGCCAAAAAUGGCGUGUCCCACUCCUGAGGAAAACAUCGAGGAAGACAAUGGUUACGUCCACCCGCUUCUACACGAGAUGGAGCAGCACCCGAGUGUUGUAGAACGGUACUACAAACCCAAAUACUGCAUUAAUGUUUUCCAGCACAAGAACGAAGACCAGUGUGUUCUGAUACACUCAAAUAGAGUCUGUCUCGUAACGGUGGCACAGAGUCACCCAUUAUUCACUGAGAACCACAAAGUUGUUAACAUCAGUUUCCAAGUUACCGCUUGUCUAAAUCGAAUGAACAACAAAGUCUCCGGCAAAAGCAAACGGGGAGCUCAGUGGUUGGGGGUCAACGCACCCCUCUGUAAAGUGACAUGUGAAGGUGGUAGAAUGUACACAUUGAUUAGUUGUGUCAGAGGUCAGUUGAUAGAGGUCAAUGAAGCUUUGGUUGAUAAUCCACAGCUGAUCCUUGAAAAGCCUCAGUCUGAUGGUUAUAUCGCGAUUGUCCUUCCACGACUUGAUGAACACAACCAAGAAAUUGAUAAACUACUGUCCGAAGAAGAAUAUCAGAAAGUCUUACAAGAGAGACAGGCGGAGCCAACCAAUAAUGAUUCCAAGACUUCAUAACCAAAAUAUUCUUGGAUUUUCUUGUUUUAUGUCUGGUUUCAUUCAUUCUGUAAAUAGGUUUUUCAUAAUAAAAUCCAUUUCUCCAUGA